AACAAAACUUCCCGUGUCCAUCACUUUCACGAAGGCACCAUCCACUGAACGCCAGUUGCCCACCGAGCAGCAGCCCGGAGACAGAAACCCCUCCAACAUGGCCCCGAUCUCCAUCAAGAGUGUGUUAAUCAGUGAGAGUGUGGACCCUCGCUGCAGGGCGAUCCUGGAGGAAAAUGGCAUCCGAGUCACGGAGAGACUACGAUGGCCUCGUGGUCAGAUCUGCCACGAAGGUAACGGCCGACAUUAUCACUGCCGCUGAUAAUCUCAAAAUCAUUGGGAGAGCCGGGACUGGUGUGGACAAUGUGGAUGUUGAUGCUGCCACCAAAAAGGGUAUUAUCGUCAUGAACACGCCGAGCGGUAACACAAUCAGUGCCGCUGAGCUGACGUGUGCCCUGCUGAUGAGCCUCUCAAGAAAUGUGCCUCAGGCUGCAAUGUCGAUGAAGCAGGGCAACUGGGAUCGCAAGAAGUUCAUGGGUGCAGAGCUGUUUGGCAAGGUACUCGGAAUAGUUGGACUCGGCAGAAUAGGGAAGGAAGUGGCCUCAAGAAUGCAGUCAUUUGGCAUGAGGACUAUCGGCUACGAUCCAAUCACUCCUCCAGAGGUGUCUGCCAGCUGGGGGGUGGAGCAGAUGUCUCUGGAGCAGCUUUGGCCCCAGUGUGACUACAUUACUGUCCACACUCCCCUAAUGCCCUCUACUGUUGGUCUGCUUAAUGAUGAAACGUUUGCUAAAUGCAAGAAAGGAGUGAAGGUUGUGAACUGUGCACGAGGGGGUAUCAUCGACGAGGCCGCUCUCCUCAGAGCUUUGGAGUCCGGACAGUGCGGAGGCGCAGGGCUGGAUGUCUUUGUUGAGGGUAAACGCACAGGUUUUGGCCAGCACGUUCUCCCAGGAGUCUCACCAACUGAUCAAACUCGGAGAAGCUGUCGGAGCUGUACUGCAGUCAUGCACUACUUCUAAGAAACCUUUCAGCCGUGUUCAAAUCACGACUCAAGGGGAUUGCAUGAAGUCUUCCACUGGUUACAUGACCUCAUCGGUUCUGGUCGGACUGCUGAAUCAUGAGUCUGGCUUUUGCCCGAAUCUCAUCAAUGUACUGAGCCUAGCCAAGGAGUCUGGAAUCACGGUAAACCAGACCCACUGUGUGUCUGACGGGAAUGCCAGUGAUGUGUGCAAGGUGGAGCUCACGGCCAACGACUGCAGCUACAAAGCCAGUGGUUCAGUUCAAGGUGGCGUGCCAGUCCUGCUGCAGCUGGGUGACAGUGUGUUCAGACAGCCGGUCUCUCUCACUGGAAAUCUGCUGUUCUUCAAGGCCUCUGCGAGUCCUCAGCUCCUAUCCUCAGUGGCUGGACUGCUGGCUGCAGAGGGAGUGGAGAUUGAGUCCUUCAGCGCUCCCGCAGACCGCGCUGGGGAUCUGUGGUAUUGCGUGGGGGUGUCCUCUCUCCUGCGAGACCUCAGUGCCUUGAAGCCUUCAGUUAAGGAGGCAGCACAGCUCUCCAUCUAAACGACAGCAGCCUUUAU